ACAGGAAGAGGAUGAUUGGAAGGAGUUUGAGCAAAAGGAAGAAAUUGAUUAUAGUGGUCUUAGAGUUCAGUCCAUGCAAAUAAGUGAAAAAGAAGAUGAUGAAAGUGAAAAAAGAGAAGAACCUGGUGACAACUGGGAGGAGACUGGUGGCGGUGUAGACAGAUCAUCUGGUCCUUGGAACAAGUCAGCUCCUGCACCAGCACCUGUCGUUGAACCAAUUGUUACAGAACCCCCAGAACCAGUUCAGACUGGUGGUGUGUACAGGCCGCCCGGUGCCAGGGAGGGCGGCAGGCCCCGGAGAGCACAGCAAGGACCACCAGAAAUCUAUAGCGACACGCAGUUUCCAUCACUGCAGUCCACCGCCAAGCUUGUAGACAGUCGAAAGGAUAAAGAAAUGGAGAAGAGCUUUGAAGUAGUAAAACACAAAACUAGAGGUAGGGAUGAGGUGUCAAAAAACCAGGCACUUAAACUUCAGCUAGACAACCAGUAUGCUGUGCUUGGGGAUCAGUAGAGCUGCAUACACAUUACAAUUAAGGAAUGCUUUUUUGGUAACCCUUCUACUAAGGUAACUAAACUACAGCUAACGGCUAUGAUGAACAUGCCACCUUAUUUCUGCUGGAUCUACUGCAGCAAGUGCAGACUACUUUGACGUAAGUGAUUGGUUCUCCUGCACUAUGGAAGCAGAAUAUGUUACAACUUCUCCAUUGGAUAUGGGGCAAAGUAAUGUAAAUGAUUGAACAAGAGUCAUCAGUGUUCUUUAAUUGCUCAGAAAGAUACCUACAGCCAGUGGUCAUUUCAAAAUCUUUUUAUGUUCAGAUACUGAGCCUUCGUAAAGGUUGACUACCUCAGACUUGCUGCACUCAUUGUGGACACCAUGUGGAUCACAACUUCUGGAAGAGAAGGUUACAGCUGUUUUAGUGGCCAUCUGAAACUUGAAACCAGCUCUACUGGAUUCCUGUCAGAAAUCCUGCAGAAGUCAGCCAUUUGGUUCCAAUUUGCUAUAACAAAGAUUUAAGUGACCUUAAUGACAAACCUAUUCUGUUCCCCUUCUGAGGAAUCCUGUCACGUGUAGCCAUAGCCUAAUAGAGACUUCUGGAGCGUACCAUACCACUCAUCCUACCCAAGUAUAACAGAGCUGUAGUUUGUUUACCUUUUUAGAUAGCUGUACUGAAGUAACUGCAAAACAAGUUAAAACCCAGUCAGUAUCACAUAUGAGGAAUGUUGGGUUUGAAUGGUCUGUUUGCAUUAGCCAUUUUCACAGUUGUCUAAGUGUAUUUUUUUUUUCGUUCUCCACAAAAAAAAAAAGCCUGCCUUGUUUCUGGUAUCAAAUUGCAGUAUAUUUAAAUAAUGAUGAGAUGUUGUAGUGAAGUAGGGUUUAUUUUGUUUUUUUUGUCAUGAGGUUUGUCUUUCUCACCCUGAAGCACUAAGAUUGAAGAGUUUUGAUUUGACACAGAGGUAUCCAAGCUCCAACUACAGUCUUCAGAAUUUCUCUUUUAAAAAUGAGAUACAUGGCAGUAGGAAUGCUAGAUAAACAUUUCUCCUCUAUUAAAAAUAGUUAUUUGUUUGUUGAAGGGUAAUGGUUACUUGAUAACCAAAGUAACUUAGUAUGCAGAGGGGUAACUAAAGCUGGUAAGCCUUAUUUGUUUGGCUACUUCUGUGAAGCAUGCAGGCUUUUUGAGGCAGAAAUCCUCUGAGUAAAACUCGUAAAUGGUGUUUAUUCAAAGUCAGGAAGUUUAGUGAUAGAGGAAGGCAGCGACUUCUCUAAGUUGUUGUCACCUCUGACUUAAUUUGGGGAAGUAGGCAAAAGGCACUGAUACAGUGAGAAUAUUGGACAUUGCCCCUAACUGAUUCGAUGAAUGAAACCCGUCAAGUACCAAAAGUGUCCUGCUGUAACUGUUUUUCUCUUCUCUGAAUUCUUACACCAGAAGCAAAACGAAGUACAAUAGCGGCGUGCUCCAGUGUUGAGGUUUCUCAGAGUAAAUGCCAAAAAAUAGACCCAACAUCUACGAGUUGCCAAUGGCAAGAUAAACAAGGGAACAAAACAAAAUAAAACUUGCUUAUGUGUGUGGGAGUACUGUGUAUGUGCAGAAGAUGAGGAUAGUGCAGGAAUGGCCUCGUUGGGUUCCCUUUGACUAACUGCUGACUCGCUUUAAAUCUGCUUCUCUGAGGCCAAUGGGAAUUUUGCUGUUGGCUUCAGCGGGGCUGGGGUUUCCCCUGGUUCUUUUGUGCACAGACUAAAACUGGCCUUGCCCUUGCAGAGUUAACUGUCUCUAAAACUUCUGCUAAAAGCUGCUAUUAAAGAGAGGGCUCAAGAGACUAUUCUUAAAGGUGGAGACUUCAUUUGGAAACAAAACACCACUGAAAGACUGAUACCGAUACCUUGGACUCUGAGCCAUGUAUCUUCCUUGAAAAUACGUUGUUGCCAGCAAAACUGUUGAUUUGUCACUGAAGAUUUCUGUGGAAUUCAUGGUGAAUGGACAUGUCGCUUGAUGUGGUAGAAACAUGAAAUCUUAAAACGCUUUUCCUGAUGCUCUAUGAAUUGAGUUUUAGUCUACUGUAUGAAGAGUAGAUGAGACUGUCCAUUGUACCGUCUUUAUUUGAGGUUCUGGGCAUGAAUUCUGGCAGUUCAAGAAAACCCUGUAACAGUUUCAAAUGAAAUAAAAUGGAAAUAUACAUGGAUUCUGGAGUCUAAUGAAUCUUUACCUUUAGUUCUAGCUUGUGACUCUACAACAGCUGAGGAAAUGCACAGCAUUUGGAUCUGUUAAAGGGCAGGCCAUGAAGUGGGUAGUCAGCCUUAUGGUCAGGGGGGCUAUGUUUAAGAGCUUACAGCAUUGCAUAUUAACAUGACUUUUAUUUAUACAUUGAAAUCUAGGUUGCUACCAGGCAGAGCGUCCUCUCACUCCCACCAUAUAGGACUGGUUUGAGAUUGUGAAUGAAAGAUGAAUGAAGCUUUGAUUUGCUUUUCACUUGAAAGUAGCUCUGAUAAAUUAAAGAAAAAAAAAAAAACAUAACCCAACCCCAAACCUCUGGUUUGCUGUCACUACUCUACUGAUAAGUAGAGGUUAUUUUGGGGACUUACUGAGUGUUCCAUUCCAGGUUCUUUCUGGAGGCAUAAAGGAAAAAAAUUAGAAAUGCAGCAGGUUUCUGUAGUACAAAAUGUUAAACUGUUUUAAAGUGUUUCUUGUGUUAAAUAUCGCUGCCAGCAACUAUCAAAAUGCCAGUCAUCAGUAACUUCCUUGUAACAAUUAAUUGUUCUGCAUGCCUCAGGUUUUCAAAGUCAGUUCUCUGUGGAAGCUCAGUCUGGUUUUGAGGCUCUGAAGUCCAACUCUAUCUGGUUUGUUGUUGCAUUCAUUCAAGGCAUGCUAAGAAUGUCAUUUCAUUCCUUCAAAAUGCUUGUUGAAGGCUCAUUCCAUAAAUGAAGGAUUGUCAGUUGUAGAAAAGAGAUUCUUGAUGCCAGUUGGUAAAAACGCAGUUGUGUGGUGCUUCAGGAACUUCCUGACCUGUAACAGGCUUUUAUGGUGGGUUAGUUAUUAACUUCCAAUUUAAAGGUUCCAUUUUGCUUUCUCUGGCUUAAAAUAAAAACACAGCCAUAAAGUUAUGGAUUUGCUAGUAGAACAUUUUAAUGUCUAGUAUUUGCUGGGAAAGGAACAACUUGGGUUUGUGGUUCUCAGUGAUAAGGUUACUUAAGGAAUGUUAAAAUGCCAAAAACUAGAUAAUUUUAAUAAACUUGGAGUUCCCAAAUGCCCGUUAUAUCAAUAUGGCAUCUGUAUUUACUUGAGCUGAUGAUAAAUGUAGGAGAGGAUUAGUUUUGCCCCUCCUCACCUCCCUGGCCAAGCUGUGCCGUGUUUAGUCUCAUUCACAAAUGAAGAGGAAUUGACAAGUACAAGCAUGUCUCCUGCUCCUUCAGUUUUGUCUCUGUACCUUUAUCAGUCAUGUCCCAAGUAACUCUCUUGCAAAACUCACAAACAGAUGCAUUUUUAAUGGUACAACUUGUGUUAGGGACUAAGGGAUCUGGUGUUUGCAUCUGUUGGCUCUUGGAAACUCUUGCAGCAGCAGGGCUGGGACACCUGUGCUGUUCAGGUCAAGUAAACACAAUUUAAAUUUGAUAGCGCUGCACAUCUUGGAGUUUGCUUUAUCUGAGCUUUUGCUUGUACCUUUUUGUCUUUCUAAUUUCAGCCCGGUUGAGCAGUUUUAGACUUGCCUUUCUGUCAAAUACCAUGACUAAAAUGGAGCAGAGAUUCUUUUUUUAGACUAAUCGAGCUUCAUGUGCUUAAAAGGUGCUUAUUUACAAGGUAGUAAUAUUCUUUCCAACAUUGACACAGUCAGAGAAAUGAAUACCUCAUAUUUUACAUGACCAAUUUGUAUCAGAGGCCCAAGAAACUAAAUUUCACCAAAAAAUACCCCAAGUACUUAAAAAUCUUCAUGAAUAGCCACAAUCCAGGUUUCAUUGCCUGACUGUAAUUUACUUCCCACAUUGUCCCCUCUGUUGUCAGCUUUUAAUUUCACAAGUUGGUUUUAAUGGUAAAUAGUGGUUUUAUUUGGGGAAUAUAAGAAAAUCAUAACAUGCAUAUUUGAAUUUCAGGCAUAUAAAUUAGGUAUGUACAAAGGGGGAGGAAAUCUGACGUAUUUGUCAAUAUAUUCAGAAAAAGUUAAGUCACCUUGUCCGUAUUGAGGCUAAUAUGAGAAGCUGCAAGCUGUAGCAGAUGGAAGAAGAAAUGACAGCAAAAAGCAGAACUGAGGAGUCCGAUAUUGGUUUGGACAAGUCAUAACUAUCAUGGAUCUAGAGUUUGGCUUCUGAAGCACCAAGUGUAAGUCUGCCAUACUCUGGAGUGAAAUAGAACAGGAAAGAACUUUUUUUUCUUCAAAUGAGGGAGAGUGGACAUUGUGCAAAUAAAAUGCAGGACGUAGAAGCAGCGAGGGAUUAGGGAGGCCAUUUUCUAAAUUCUAGUAUUAAACAUGUAGCCUGAGGUAGGGAGUGGAGUGUCAGGAGUUGGACAGGAGGAGAAAUACUGCCUGGGGAAGCACCGCUUUCACAAGUGACAGAUCCAUCUGACUGUAAAUCAGCAAUACUAUUUGAAGUUCAGUACUUGGGGAAGGCAUCCCAUUUUAUUUUUUUUCCUUUAAAAAAAAUAAAAAAUCAGGAAAACCUGUCUAGAGAGAAAGUAGAAUUGUGCAUUGGUGUCAAGCUGUCUGACCAGUUCCCUAAAGAGAGGACCAAGAAGGACAAGUUCAAGAUAGUUCAGCAUCUUGAUAGGAAAUAACUUGUUUCAUAUUUAAGUAAACUCCUUUUCACUUCUGUGUGAUAAAAAGCUGAGACACUGAUUCAAAUUGCUCUGAAGACAUUUCCUUUUUUUGUGAAGCAUCUCCUAAGGGUACGUAUGUCACGGGUUUAUGUUCAGUUGCUUAGAAGGUGUAGCAAGGUUAAUGAAGUUCAAUGGGCUUAGCCAGAAUACAAAUAUUAAAAAUGUAUCACAGUAUUAAUGAAUAACCAGAAAAAGUAGCACACCUGGAAUACUGGAAUGGGAAGUAUCAUCUAAAACAACUGCGUGCACUGAAAAGAAGCGAGUCCAUUUUGUAGCAAGAGCGUAGGACCCAGAGAGUGGGAUUUGGCCUUGGAUUUCUGCUGAGCUGCUGUGUUAACUUCAAGGAAUUUAGUUUCACGUUGCCUCAGUUUCCCCAGCUGUACCAAAAAAUCCCUACAACCUACCUCACAGGGGUGUUGUGAGGCCAAAGCUGUUCUUUGUCAAGGGCUGGGGCUGAUGGAAGGUGCUACACAGGAUUUAAAAUCUUUAUUAAAAGAUCUUUAUAUUAGCUUUCAUUACAGUAUUUUAAAACUACUUUAUGAAAGGCUUAUUUCUACAGAAUGUAAUAUACGUUCUAUUUAAGUAUUAUGUAAUUAGACUCAUUUUAGUGUGUACGAGUAAGGGAAAAGUUCAGGCUGAGCACUCUUAACUGGUAUUUCCUCUCUUUUAAUUAUCUGUGCAACCCAAAUGGUAUAUUAAUAUGAGGCUUUUUGGUUUUAUGUGGGAUACAUUAAAAUCAAUAUGGCUACACUUUGUAAACCCCAUGACUGAAAUAAAAUCCUGCUCGCAGUCAAUAGCUAUCUCUUA